AUGAAUAGUACAUUUUCCAAUAAGAGUCUUAUUGUUCCACCAAAUAAACUUUUUCGUGAAUAUUUACGUUGUCGUCAAUUAAGUUCUCUCAAUAAAUUACCAUCUCCUUCGGCAUGUCCAUAUGAUUAUGAAGAUAAUAUUCGUGUUUGCUGGAGAGCAACUGCUAAUGGUACUUUGGCAACAAAUAUAAUUGAAUAUGAUCAUGGUCAAAAUAAUUUUUAUGAUGGUGUUCGUUAUGGAAUUGAAAAUUGUACUCUAGAACGUUUUUGUAUGAAUAAUGGAAGUUGGGCACCGACUAUUUCACCUGAUCUUCAAUGUAAAUUAUGUGUUGGUGAUGGUCGACCAGUUAAAUUUAAUUCAAUUAGUAUUAUGAUAGAGACAAUGAGUUUAAGUUUGUCCCUAUUAUCAUUAACCAUUGCUGUUUUAUGCAUGAUAAAUGUCAAACGACUGCAUUUACCCCGAAACCUGCUUCAUAUGCAUCUAUUCGUUGCUUUUAUUUUUCGUUCAAUUGUUAAAUUAGUUUUUAUUCAUCUUAUUAUCGGUGGUUAUACACGUUCAAUGGUAUCAUAUACACAAGAUAAAUGUGGAAUGAUAGAAAUUGUAUCAAAAUCAUCAAGUUUAUUUCAUGUAUUAGGUUGUCGAGUAUUAUCUUCUUUAUUUUGGUAUACUGAUGCCGUUUCUCAAACGUUUAUAUUUUGUGAAGCCAUGUUUUUAUUUACUGCUUUAACCAGUCAUUUAUUUCGUGAUCGUGGUUGUUUACCAUUUGUAUUAUGGGGUUGGUUAAGUCCAUUAGUAUGGUUAAUACUGUGGAUUGCUUCACAUAUAAUAACAGAUAAAUUAAAACAACGAUCAACAUGUUGGUUAGAAGCUGAUAAUACGACAUAUUUCUAUUAUUUUUUUUAUGUUCCAUAUGCUUUUUAUUUACUCGUUAAUUUUGGAAUAUUUCUGUAUCUCGUUCGACUUCUCUAUUCAAAAUAUCAAUCAAAUAAUGUUCAAACAAGUCGUACAGGGAAUAGACAUUUAAUUAAAUCAAUUCUUAUAUUAAUUCCAUUAUUUGGUCUUCAUUCAUUAUUUGUUAUAUGGGUUUUUUAUCAUAAAAAUCAAGCACAUACAAUUUGGUAUUAUAUAUCCGUUAUUUUCAAAGCGGUGUUUGGUGAUUUACAGGGUUUUUUUACAUCAUUAAUUUAUUUUUAUUUUAAUACUGAAAUUCGUUAUGAAGUUCUUCGACAAGUUCAACGAACAAUAUUAAGUAGUGAUACAAUUCAACGUAGUUCAACUGGUGAAACAUUAUCAACACGUUUAUCAACAUUUCGUCGAUCAAUAAAUCGACAUCGUCAAUCAUCAUUACAAAAUCGUAAUGAACGACGUCGAACAAAUACAUCAUAUCCUCGUUCAUCAUUACAAAAACCGACACAUGACAUUUGGGGAAAAAAAUGCCUAGCAUUGAUUUGUCCUUGUUUAAACAAAAAAUCUACUAAGAAAAAAACUUUUGUCGAACUACAACAGCAACAACAACUAGUUCAACAAAAUAUUUUAAAUGAUACAUCACCAGCUGUUGUACCUGAAUUAAUUAUUGAUGAUGAUGAUCGUGGAGGUGUAUCAUCACCAUUAGUUAUACAUACACGUUCACAUAAAGGUGCUAUUGAUAAUGAUGGUAUGACAUGUGAUACAGUUUUAAUUAAAAAUGAAAGUGAAGAUCAAGAAUUAUUAACAGAUGAAAAUGACGUUACUAUUCAACAUUCAUCAUUUUAUAUUGAACCGAUAUCACUAUCAUCAAAUAAUAUACCAAUAACAAUACAUACGAAUAAUUUACAACGAACUCGAUCAAAUAGCGAAGGAUAUCUUUUGAAAAAUUUAUCAUCAAAACAUUUUGCCGAUAAUAAAUCAUUGAAAUGA